AUGCGCAUGUCCUCGCCGUUUCUCCUCAACUCGGUCCACUUCCCGUUCUUCCCAAUGGCUGCCGAAUCGCCUGACAGCCAUCCAGCAACGCCCCCGCCCACGAUUCUCACGCGCGACAAGCAGGGCCUCUCGCUAUUGUCACACGUGACUGCAUCGCAGGUCGAGCCGAUCGCCGCCGUUCAGAAUCUGCCCUGCUCGCAGGCAAAGUUCAGCCCCGAUGGGACCCUCGUGGCGGUCGCAGCAGCGGGCGGCGGCGUUCGUCUCAUUCACGUGCCGUCCGGCGAGCAGAGGCUGCACAUGCCUCUGGAGGGCGUGCAGGCGCUCGCCUUCUCACCCAAGGGCUCGUACCUGCAGGCGAGUGAGGGCUUCAAGGUGUUUCAACGUCUCUCAGCACCAGCAGGUGGCGGGCAGGCAGAGAGCAAUCUGACAGUGUCUGUAUUAACCCUCCUAUUUCCCUCCUCUCUCCCCAACAUGUCAAGUCAAGUCAAGGUGUUUCAACGUCCCUCAGCACCAGCAGGUGGCGGGCAGGCAGAGAGCAAUCUGACAGUGUCUGUAUUGACCCUCCUAUUUCCCUCCUCCUCUCUCCCCAACAUGUCAAGGUGUUUCAACGUCCCUCAGCACCAGCAGGGGAGGCGGGCAGGCGGAGAGCAAUCUGACGGUGCGGCGGGUGUCUGUCUGUGUUUCAACGGCCCUCAGCACCAGUCAGGGCCGGGGGCGGGCUUUAUGGUGUUUCAACGCCCCUCAGCGCCAGCCGGGGGCGGGCAGGCAGAGCCCAAUCUGACGGUGCGCCGGGUGUUUCAACGCCCCUCAGCACCAGCAGGAGGGGGCCAGGCAGAGCCCAAUCUGACGGUGCGGCGGGUGAGUGUGUAUGCAUUGAACCUCCUAGUCUUCUCCCCCCCGCCCUUCCCCCCCCAACGGCAGGUGUUUCAACGCCCCUCAGCACCCCCAGCAGGAGGGGGCCAGGCAGAGCCCAAUCUGACGGUGCGGCGGGUGUUUCAACGCCCCACACCGGCUCCAGCAGGGGGUGGCCAGGCAGAGCCCAAUCUGACGGUGCGGCGGGUGAGCGAUGGGGAGGUGGUGUGGCGGCAGGUGCAGAAGACAUUCAACUCUGCUGCAUGGUGGGUGGAUGGGGAGUGGUAUGGAUGGGUGUUGCGGCACGGGCCCAGCAUGCAGUUCAGCGCAGAUGAGUCCGUGGCUUGCCGCCCGGUGAACGGCGAGGUGCAACUGUUCACCGGCGCUGACCUGGCGGCCGGCGUGGCCGCCCGCCUCAAGGUGCCGGGGAUGACGUCAGCACAGCUGGCACCGUCGCCGCCGUCUCACAUUGCUGUGUUCGCCCCUGAGGCCAAGGGAGCCCCAGCCAGUGUGCGCAUCUUCACGCGAGACAGCGCCACCCCUUCCUCCUCCUCCUCCUCUGCCGCUGCCCCACCGGCCCCCAUAGCGCGGCGCAGCUUCUUCAAGUGCAGUGCCGUGCGGCUGGUGUGGAACGUGGGGACCACUGCUGUGCUGGCAUGGACGCACUCUGACGUGGACAAGACCAAUCAGAGCUACUACGGCGAGUCGGGGCUGCACUUUCUGGCGGCUGAUGGGAGCUUUGAGGGCGCUGUGCCUCUAU